AGUGGAAUAUCUGUGUCAGCCGCACGAAGUGACAAGAGAGACAAGUGUCAUGGCUGUUAGCUGAUUGCGUUAAACAUUUCUCCAUGACGUGAAAUGUGAGAAGCAAAAGUUAUUUUCGUUCAUUGUUUUAUGCAGUUUUUUUCGUGUUCGAAGAAGAUAAAAAUAUGUUUUGAAGCGAUAAUGUGUUAUACGAGGCUCUACAAUUAAAAAUCAAGAAUGUGUGGAACAAGGAUGGCAGGAAGGUGGACCCGGUAUUGCAGAGUUUUCUGUUUGCAACCAAUAGAGGCACAACAAUUUCUUAGUCGGCAUAAAGAGAAUCGUUUUGGUGAAAAAAAAAACAAAUCUCAACACUGAAAUUCGCGAUGUAAUUGAUUCUGAAGAAUUCAACAGUAGUGAAAAUGGAGAUAGUGAAAAGUUCUCAGUUGGUUCUAAAGAAUUUAAUAACAGUAAAACUGUGGGUCGUAAAGAGUUCUCAGAAGAAUAUAUCUACAUUCUAAACAAUUAUAAAGAAAUUGAGAAACAAAGUUUACAAUGGAUUGCUUAUUUGCACAAUAAUGGGGUAAAAAUAAUGUGGAUAUACAAAAACUGGAAAUUUGAAGCAGAAAAACACGUUGUUUUGUUAAGUAAUUUGUAACGUAAAAUAUUCCUUCAGUCUAAAAAGGUUUUACUGCAGCCAUACAAUAAGAUUAGAAAUGCAGAAGAUAUGAUCAAUCUAUUGAAAGAAGUUGGAAAUGUUAUUCUUGGAAAUAUUAUAUUACUUAUAAAAAUCAAUGAAAGGGAACUUCAUGUUAUCUCAAAAUUUAUUUUUUCAAGUCUAAGCACUGUGUGGGUUACGUGCCCAUGAAAAUAAAGCAAAAGUGUGGUCCUCGAAGUAUAAGAUGUCUUCCGUGCAAGAAACUUAAAAAAUAUUAGCAACAAAAUUAUAAAAAGAAAAGUAUCCUUCAAACAUUGAAAGAGAAGUUAAAUGAAAAAAAGAAUCGUUGCAAGGCAAUUGUGGAAUAUAGAAAGAGACUUUAAAAGAAGUUUUUCUGUGUUGGGGAUGUCAUGGAGCUUUUUAAAGAUGAACAUGAUGACCUAAAAGACACUGAUCCAUCUAUAAAAUUUUGUAGAAGGAUAAAAAAGCUCAUUUCUGUUAUGAAUGGUAGAACACCUUUGGAGAAACUAGUUCCCGGAAACGAACAUUGGCAGAGGUUUUUUGGAUUAAUGAGAGAGAGAGAGAGAGCUGCGGAGCAAAUUGACCACCCGGAUUCGUCAGUAUUCAUUCAAAUGUUUCGGCUCGUAUCGACAUAUUCUCUAGUGAAGCCGGCUAAGGGAUGCAACGUUACCAAGGGUGGAAUGAUGGAUGCACUACUAAAAUUAAAUGAUAUUGCUGACAAGAAGGUAAGGCAGCUUCAGUGGAAUAAGAAAAUUGAUCACAUAAUGGAAAAUGAACAAGGGGCCCCAAUUUUAGAAAGCAGGCCAGAGAUAUUGGAACAAAAUAAUUUUUACAUGAACAACAGUUCGGCUUAUGCUGUAGCGUAUGUAGCGGGAUACGUAGCCAGGCAAGCGUCCGAAAGAUUCGUAAAAUUUUUAAAUAAUGGACAACCUUUUGUUUGCCAAAACUGUAUUGCAACAUUAAACCUUGCAUUAUGUGAAACAAUAUCCAAUAGUCAUAAACUAAUUACAAUAAAAACAAAAGGUUUUUUAAAAUACCCUUCCAUUCAACUUUGCGAUUUGGUAGGGCUCUUGGAGAGGACGUGCGUUGCAGUAAGUCAAAAACAAGGCGUACAUAGUGAAUUGAAUAUAACAAAUGAAAUUGAAAACUUGUAUCCUCUUCCUAAAGUUGGUUGUAAAGACCAUAAGAUACAAGUCACAAGAAGCAUCGUUAGAUUCUUUUUAACAUUCCGAAUGUUGUCUAUUGCUAAGCAGUCAAAUAAACGUGAUAAUAUUGAGAGAGAAAAGACCAAGGAAAAGAGGAAACUAGCAAUAUUAUCUUACUCAAAUUCAGUUUAAACGAAUUUACAUCUCCAAGCGGCUCGUGUUUCAAAACCUAUAGUUAAUAAUUUUCAAAAUAGAGUACGUAGAAAACGAAAACUUCCUGUGAAGACUAAUUAUGAUAAGGAAAACAAAAUAAAGACUUCAAAAUUGUCUACUUGAUGCCUUUCUUAAUAAAAACUACUUUUUGAUCCUUGAAAUUUGUGUCAUUCUUAAAAAUUUUACUCUUCAAAUUCCAGUGUAAUAU